CUUGACAACAGAGGAAGUAGUCAUAGCGACAUAGCAAACAAGUACAUAAUAUUAAUAGUUAGUUUGCAAGCCGUUUUGUAAAAAGCAAAGAUGACAGCAAACCCUUCUGUUUUUCUUCUUAUGGUUAAUGGUCAAAUCGAAAGUGCAAAUUUCCCAGAGUUUGAUGAUCUAUAUUGCAAGUAUUGCUUUGUGUACGGCCACGACUGGGCUCCAACUACUGGUCUAGAAGAGGGAAUAUCUCAGAUAACCUCCAAGAGCAGAGACAUCCAGCAAAACUUUGUGUGGAACUUUCCUAUUGACAUCUCUUUUAAGAGCACAAACCCAUUUGGCUGGCCCCAGAUUGUGGUUAGUGUAUACGGCCCUGAUGUCUUUGGCAAUGAUGUAGUUCGAGGGUAUGGAGCUGUACACAUCCCAUUCACACCGGGCCGACACAAGAGAACCAUUCCAAUGUUUGUUCCUGAAUCUUCUUCAAUGCUGCAGAAGUUCACAAGCUGGUUUAUGGGAAGACGUCCCGAGUUCACAGACCCCAAGGUUGUUGCCCAAGGAGAAGGAAGGGAAGUUACAAGAGUACGUUCACAAGGAUUUAUUACUCUUUCUUUCAAUGUUGUCACAAAAGACAUGAAGAAUCUUGGUUAUGACACCACCACUGCAGACCUUCAGAGUCCUUCAGUGUCUACGGUUACUGAUGCUUCGUACAGAACAUAACUAGAUUCUGCACAGCCUCCCUCUGAUGAAAUGCAAUUUUUUUCAGCUGUAUAAGAUGUUGUGUUGUAAUAUAGUCAGUCAAAUUCACAUGUACUUUAAAUCUACUUGUGAACAGCAUACCUGUAUGUUGCACUCUGCUGUAAAUAACUUUUUUAAAAUAACUUUUAUUUAAAUAAAAUCUGAAUUGGUUUAUGUGCGUUUAUUCCUGCAUUUUCCAGAUCAGUGUAGGAAAGGUAGCACAUUGUCAAUGCAUUGGCUUUUCAUCUCAGUAGACCUGGGUUCAUAUAGUUGCAAUUAAAAAAGCAUUUAAAAAAAAAAAAAAAAAAAAAACUGCAUACAAGUUUAAGCAAUGCAAUUUAUUUUUAUAACCAUUGCAGCUACAGGCCCUUUAUUUGCUGCUGUUUAGAUGUUAAAACAAUCGCAUUUUCUAAUGUGACUUAACUACAAAAACCAUUACACAGAAAUAAGAUACAAAACAAUAUGUUACAAUAGUACAAAUGAUAAAUUAUAUUAUACAGUAAUAAUGCCAACACGUUGAGCACAAAUCCAUAAAAAAGCAGCCUGCUCCCAGUAAUAUUAAACAGUUUGGUAAAUAGACAGACACAACAACAUGAAAAAAUAAAUGUUUAUGCAUAUUUGCCAUGAAAAUGUUAACCUUCCACAAUAACUACAUUAGUACAUAGAAACAGUAUGCGUGAAACAUUAGAAAUGGUUACAGCAAACAGACAGUAAUGACAAAGAGCUAGUUAUUGUAUGUAGUUAAAAACAUUGCAUUACUAGAUGUUUGCUUGUUUUUUUCUCCCCCCUCCGUACAUGUUUCUCCUUACAAUGGUAACAAAUCAAAGAAUUUCAGGUAUUCAUAUUAUAUCUCCUAUUGUUCAAAGCUACAGUGUCUAUAAUGUUAACUCUUUUAAUCCUUAUCAGAUCAAAUGUACCCUAAUCCAAAACUAUACAUCUUAAAGCUUUAUAAAAAAAGAAAAAAGAAAAUCAAAAUGCCUGAGUAAAUGUCAGUAAGGUACAAUAAAUUCUUCAUCUCAAUACAACUAGAAUUUGCUAAGCCUCUCUUUAAACAUUACCAUGUUAUGUCCAGUUGAGGGAACUGUUGUACACAGACUGGGAAUGGAGGUCUAAUGGGUAGGUACAUGUUUUAUAGUCUGCAUAAUUGUUGUUUUGACCAUGUUUCAGCACAAAUUAUUUUAAUUAUAUUUUUCUGUAUAUUUAAAAAAAAAAAAAAGGGGAAAAAAAGUUUGUAACAACUAUCUGUGUCAUACUUGAAUUUAAAAAGUUCUGUCAGUGUUGUGACAUUUUUCCCCACAGCCGAUUUACCCACUGACAACUUUGAGUUUCAUUACAUCGUCUAGAUGGUAUCUUCAUGCUGUAUAACACUAUACACGUAGCACAAACUGCAGUCCACAGUUGAGCCAUUAGCUCAAAUGGACAAUAGUUUUGGUUUAUAAUACCACCACCAAAAUUAAAAGCAACAUAAUUUACACUAAGCUCAAGGUUACCAGUUCAAUAUUUAUACAUUUGUUCACGGUAACAGUCAUGAAUAGUCUUCUAUGAUGACCAAUCAGUUUAUCCUCUGCAAUUUAUCUUACACCUACUUUAAAUAAAUUAUGUUACCUAAAAGUACAGAAACAGUCAUCAGUUAAUAUAUUGCACAUACUGCCUUUUGCUCAAUUGUUUGUCCUAAUACUAAAAGUAAGCCCAUGCACAGAGGUAUGUGUCCAUCAGAUUAGAGUAACUAAAUAAUGAUACCAUUACAAGACUGUUCACCAGAUUUUUUAAGCAACGCAUCAUGCCCUGUGGAUCAAAUCUGCUGUGUGUUUUUGUUGAACAUUUACAUAGUGAAGUCCUAAAAGCAACUAUGUGCCUUGAUAGUAGUGCCUGAAUGAGGAGUUCUAUAAAAUAUCCAAUUGAAGUUAAUUUUUCAGCCCUGGGUAAUGGUCUUUAAGAUUUAGAAAGCACAACACGCUGUUUAAUGCAACUCCAGGUUCUACGGAUACACUGAUGUAACUGAAUGUCUCAUAGAAAUAGUCCAUACACAAAUGUUCUGUACUUCAGAUAAAGUUUAAAAACAUGAAACCAAAUUAGUCAUGAAAUGACUGCAAAGGCACAACACUAAACUUCAUUACCAAGUAGAAUUUCUGCACUGUUUAAAAAAAAAAAAAAAAAGACAUGUUUCAGUUAGGACAGAUUAAAUGUUUUCUUGACAUCAGUCUUUGAGCUAUAAAGUUUGCUUUAUCCAAGAAAAAGCCUUCCAAACAAUUUAUAAACGUGAUUAGAAAUGUGUAUCUGUGCUUUCUUAUUUUUUUAUUAUUUUUUUUUUAAGCUGUGAUUGGAAACUACUUGGUCACUACUUUUUACUAGUGGUGGGCAAAUAUCUGAAAAUUUGAUCUCCCUCUCAAACAAUGCAGAAUGCAAAUAGCAUUUGUUACCUAAAUUCCAAUCAAUUACUUUAAAUGCUUAAUUAUACUUUAGUGUGUGAUGUGUCUUUGCUUACGAGGCUGACAAUGAUAGGCUUGUAUAGAGUUUAUUGUAUCUCAAUAUAAAAUAAGCUUGAUUACAGAGCGUUAGUAUUUUAGCAGUAUUAUUGAUAAAGUCUCUACAAGCUUUCCGUACAUCUCUCUGUAGAGUGUGUGGCGGCUGAUAUUUCUGGUUUCGCUAUGCUGAAAAAUGUAUCUUCCACUUAAAAAUAAACCCAUUACAGCACAGCAAACUGAUAUUAUUGUUAAAACUUCAAGAAAACAGAUUUUUAGCUUGGUAGUUUGAUACACCAUGUUUACUUCACCAAAAGCUCACAAGUUUAUCAAAAAAGUCAUUGAUGAAGCAAACAUUUUAAAAUCCCACGAUAUGGAAAUUAUCGAUAUUGAGCAAUAUCAUAUCAAAAUAUCGAUAAUGACGCCUAUCACUACUUUACAUUAUAGUCACCAUUUACAUCACAAACAAGUCGUAUUUUGGCAUCCUCUGAUUUGUUGCUAGUAAAGAGUCAGGUAAAUAGACAUAUGUUGCAUAUAUACAUUUAUAAUAGGUGAUGUAUGAUGGAUUACAGCAUAACUAUAUUCUAGACAACAAAAAAUGUCUUUCUCUGAACAAUUUAUGGAGAGCAUACAAUCUUUGAGCAGGUACAUUUUAGACUAGAAACAAAUAAGGUAUGUCACUGUUAGCAUCAACAAAUAAAGGAUUAAAGCAAUAUAAUUAAAACCAUCAAUUAAAUAGUGUGUCAAACCUGGAUAUAAAUACAGUCGGUGAUGCAAUUACAAUAAAACAUGAGAAAAUCGGCAGGUAUAAAGACUAGGCCUUUUUAGUGUUAAAAGACAUUUUGUUUCCAAAUUCCCUUUGUUCCUUUAUAAAAAAUGAAUACAUUACUUUAUAAGUUACAGCAACCAUUAAGGAUUUUUCAUAUUUCAUUCUGAUGGCAUGACACGAAAAGUCUAUAAAACUAAGCAAUAAUAAAAUCUAAAAAGGCUAAUUAGGUCUAUAUAAAACUGCAGUAUGGAGUUCCACAUACAAAAAUUGUUGUGCAAGAGAGUACAAGAUAAACCGGUAUAUAUUUUACUAUAAAUCUGGAUUACUUUAAUGUUUACCCAAUUAAACAUCAUUUUGCAGACUAUAUUCUAAAACAAAAUGGCAGAUUUAACAAAUAACUAUUAGAAAAAAAAAAAAUAAUAAGUUUUUAAAGUCACUACUACAUUUUGCUUUAAACAGUUAUUACUGUUAACCACCAUUUAUUUUGAUUCCAAAUCAUUAAAACCUGGAAUCUCCAACAUCCUAACAGUAACAGUGCAGACCAUGCCACUAAACAAUUUAUACCUGGUACUGAUACACACAGUUUAUAAAGAACAGUCUUUUCACUUGUUUUUCAUUAGCUAUGGACUUUACUAAUGGAGUUUAAAAGACAACUGUGUGAAAACUACGUAGAACCUCAAGCAAUAAAAUGCUAAAAACUCAGAUUAUACUUAUUUUUACAUAUACAGACUUGUCAUAAGUAUUAAAGAUGAGGUGUCUACUUAUGACAAGACUAUGCGUACAUGAUUAAAAAAAAACA